AUCGAUAUAGAACAUGUUCCAGUUAACGACGACCCCCGUCAAUGGAGUCUUGCCAAAAAAACCGUAACAUUGUGCAUUGUGUCACUAGCUACAAUGGUGUCUGCGUUAGCAUCUAACAUUCAAAAUCCCUCGAACUCUCUGAUAGAGAAAGAUCUACAUGCCACAAGUAGUCAGAUUAGCUGGUCAUUAGCGGCUUUCAUACUCAUACAAGGCAACUUUCCUCUGAUAUGGAGCGCCAUGGCUGAAAUUACAGGCCGCAAGAUUGUCUAUCUGCUGUCUUCGGCUUUAUUUGUGGUAGGAAGUGUUAUCAUAGCACUUUCAAAGACCAUCGGGGUAAUGAUCGCUAUGCGAGUACUUCAAGCAGCGGGAUCAAGCGCUUUCUUGGCUAUUUCGGCCGCGACCCUGGCCGAUAUUUACGAGACUCACGAACGCGGGACCAUGAUGGGCGUCUUCUAUGCUGCACCCCUUUUAGGACCCGCACUCGGCCCUAUAAUCGGCGGGUCUUUAUCACAAGGCUUCAACUGGCGUGCAAGUUUUUUUUUCCUGCUGAUCUGUGGAGCAAUCAUCUUCCUUUCCUUCCUCAUCCUGUUCAAGGACACAUAUCGACGUGACCGAAGUCUCACUUAUUGCUCUGCCCUGCAACGACGUCUUGCCUCCCGAGAACCCGUCCGGCGUUCCAGCGAGUCUACCAUCGCAGGAUCUGAGUCCAGUAAGAACAAAACACAUGACAAGGACCUCGAGAAGCAGUUCCAACUCCCGAUUAUCCCUGAGGAGACUCCAGCGGUGAUUUCUACACCAGAGCUUGACGAUAUCAGGCUAUCAAUAAAGGACAUCAACCCCUUUCCACCAUACUUCCAAAUUUUGUCUCGAAAGAACAAUGUUCUAAUUCUCACUGCUAAUGGACUUGUCUUUGGUUUCAACUACUGUCUUUCAUACACAUGCGAACGCACUCUUGCCAAUGCGUAUGGUUAUGAUGCGCUGAGUGUUGGCAUGGUAUUGCUUUGCCUGGGCGCUGGGAGCGUCGCUGGGAGUGUAAUUGGUGGGCGUUGGUCUGAUCGGGUAGUUGGGAAGAUGAAGGAAGCGAACAAGGGAAAGUGGUACGCAGAAAUGCGAUUAGAGAGCUCGAAACUGGCGAUGCUGUGGCUACCCCCGUCUGUCAUUGGUUAUGGUUGGGUGUGCGAUAAGCAUCUCAAUGUCGCUGUUAUUUGCGUCAUGCUUGUCUUUGUUGGAUUCUCAUCCAUAUGGAUGUACGCAAGUACGUUAUCAUACCUUGUUGAUGCCAACCCUGGUCGCUCGUGCGCGGCGGUAGCCACGAAUAGCUCGUUCCGAGGAACACUGGCUUUUAUUUCAGCCAUGACUGCUGUACCGCUUCAAAACGCUUGGGGAGAUGGCAUAUUAUUCACGGCGUGGGCUUGCGUCUUGGCUAUUGCAGAGUUACUGAUUAUAAUAGUGGUGUACAAGGGAGAAUCGUGGCGCAAUGAGAAUGAGGAGAAAGAGCGUAAAAUGCUAAGUAAAUGAAUAUUCGAAUUUCUAACACAUUCAUAUUGUUAGACAGGUAUGGAG